AAUCUCAAAGACCUUUGAGACUUGUAAGGACGCUCAGAGGAAUUCUGAAGAGUGCUUCUAAGAAUCUUGGGGGAUCCUCGAGACCCCAAGGAGAUCUCAAACUCCUGUCCCUCUGCAGGAACCCAGAGGAACUACAGAAGAACUUUAAUGUACCCAAAGACUCUUUAGGAACCUUUGCAAAUUGCUGUACAUCUUCAAGGGAUCCCAUAGAACCCCCCCCACUAAGGAAUCCUAGAGGGACCUACAAAGCCCUGUAAAGUGUAGGUUGUGGUCUUAGGUCCAUAAGUUGCCCAGAAAUCACCAAGACUCUGUAAAAAUCAGGGGGCCACUAAAGAAUCUGAGGGAACCCUGAGGAUUCCCUGAGGACUCCAGGAAAAUCUGGGGACGGCAUCCCAAGAGAUAAGUACUUUGAGGAACCCUAAAGGGACCCUCACGAUCCAAAGGAAAUCUGGGGACCACAGAGGAACCCCCAACACUCUAGAGGAACCCUGAGAGCUCCUCGGGGAACCCCCAGAGAACCAAUGGGCACUCUACGGGACCUGCAGUACGCCCUGCAGGAGAAGAUCGAGGAGCUGCGGCAGCGCGACACCCUGAUCGACGAGCUGGAGCUGGAGCUGGAUCAGAAGGAUGAGCUGAUCCAGCGGCUGCAGAACGAGCUGGACAAGUACCGCUCUGUGCUCCGGCCCGCCACCGCCCAGCAGGUCCAGGCCCAGCAGCAGAGCCUCGCCAUGCAGCCGGACCAGCACCGCAGCAAACGGCAGGCCAUCUCUGCCGAGCCCACCGCCUGUGACAUCACUGACCUCAGCCAUGUCACUCUGCCCUUCUACCCCAAGAGCCCGCAGUCGAAGGAGCUGAUAAAGGACGCCAUCUUGGAUAAUGACUUCAUGAAGAACCUGGAGCUGUCUCAGAUCCAGGAGAUCGUGGACUGUAUGUACCCGGUGGAUUAUGGGAAAGACGCCUGCAUCAUCAAAGAGGGCGACGUGGGCUCUCUGGUCUACGUGAUGGAAGAGGGGAAGGUGGAGGUGACUAAAGAAGGGAUGAAGCUGUGCACGAUGGGGCCGGGCAAAGUGUUCGGAGAGCUGGCCAUCCUCUACAACUGCACCAGGACGGCGACUGUCAUGACUCUGAUCCAUGUGAAACUGUGGGCCAUCGACCGUCAGUGUUUCCAGACCAUCAUGAUGAGAACUGGACUCAUCAAACACGCCGAGUACAUGGACUUCCUCAAGAGCGUUCCCACCUUCCAGGGUCUUCCAGAGGAAACUCUCAGUAAACUGGCAGACGUCAUGGAGGAGACUCAUUAUGAAGAUGGAGAGUACAUCAUCAGACAGGGCGCCAGAGGAGACACCUUCUUCAUCAUCAGCAAAGGAAAGGUAAAUGUGACCCAGGAGGAUCCGGCCAGUCAGGAGCAGACGCACCUCAGAGAGCUCAGCAGGGGGGACUGGUUUGGAGAGAGGGCGCUACAGGGUGAGGAUGUGAGAACAGCCAAUGUCAUCGCUGCUGAGGCCGUCACCUGCCUAGUCAUCGACCGAGACUCAUUCAAGCAUCUGAUUGGUGGACUGGACGACGUUUCAAAUAAAGGAUACGAGGACGCUGAAGCCAAAGCAAAAUACGAGGCUGAGAACGCUUUCUUCUCCAGCCUGAAGCUGAAGGACUUCAACAUCAUCGACACCCUGGGAGUCGGCGGCUUCGGACGCGUCGAGCUGGUGCAGCUGAAGAGUGAGGAGGCAAAGACGUUCGCCAUGAAGAUCCUGAAGAAACGUCACAUCGUGGACACGAGACAGCAGGAGCACAUUCGCGCAGAGAAACACAUCAUGACCGAGGCACACUCUGACUUUGUCGUCAGGUUGUACCGGACGUUUAAAGACAGUAAAUAUCUGUACAUGCUAUUGGAGGCCUGUCUGGGAGGAGAGCUGUGGACGAUACUCAGAGACAGGGGUUCAUUUGAAGAUUCAACCACCAGGUUCUACACGGCGUGUGUGGUCGAAGCCUUCGCCUACCUGCAUGCCAAAGGCAUCAUCUACAGAGACCUGAAACCUGAAAACCUCAUCCUGGAUAGUCGAGGAUAUGCCAAGCUGGUGGACUUUGGUUUUGCCAAGAAGAUCGGUUUUUGUAAGAAGACGUGGACGUUCUGCGGGACGCCGGAGUAUGUUGCUCCAGAGAUCAUCCUCAACAAGGGUCAUGACGUCUCAGCAGAUUACUGGUCUCUGGGCAUCCUGAUGUACGAGCUGCUGACUGGCAGUCCCCCGUUUUCAGGUCCAGAUCCAAUGAAAACCUACAACAUCAUCCUGAGAGGCAUCGACAUGAUCGAGUUCCCCAAGAAGAUCACCAAGAACGCCGCCAACCUCAUAAAGAAGCUCUGCAGAGAUAAUCCCUCAGAGAGACUGGGAAACCUGAAAAACGGAGUCAAAGACAUCCAGAAGCACAAGUGGUUUGAAGGUUUCAACUGGGAGGGUCUGAGGAAAGGAACUCUGACUCCGCCCAUCACACCUGAUGUCUCCUCUCCGAUUGACACCAGUAACUUCGACAGUUUUCCUGAAGACACUGACGAGCCGCCACCAGACGACAACUCCGGAUGGGAUUACGACUUUUAGUCCAGCUCGCACCCAAACCCAAAUCCUGACUCCUUACAGCUGAAGGUGAGGUCCAAAUCUGACAAGAUGACGACGACUAACCAGGCUGAACAAAAGACGAACUUCAUGUACCAUUUGGAGGACGUUUUUCCCAGAGCACCUACUGUGACUUUGCCUGUGUUGUUCUGAAAGCAUUGUUGGACCCUGUGGGAGUGAAACCUCCAAUGUUUUGUAGCUACAUGAUGUCCUGAGGUGAUUUAAGUAAUGAGUGUGCUGAAGGCAGCUGAUGGGAAAGGACUGCAGGCCUCUCACAGAUCAAGGCAGUUCGCUCUAACUGGGGGAAACCUGAGCUGCCAGAACAUCUGAGAGCUCGAAGAUCAAGGCGAAGAUCAGUUUCUCAGAGUAGUAGAUAGGUUAUAGAAGUCUCAGAGUAGCACAUAUGUGGUCAAAAGGCAUGUUCUUGACUUUUACGACCUGAGAAAGUCAUCCUCCAGAUUUUAGAGAGCUGUCAGAACUCUUGAACACCAUCCACAAAAAUGUGCCCAUGGGUCAGAGAAGACCUUUUUGCAAUGCCUAGAAGUUUUUCUUUGAAUCUGGAACAACUCUGAUUAUUUGGCUACAGCUAAACUUUGGGUAUGUUUAUCCAUCAUAUUGCCGUAAGACACUUAUUUACCAAGUCUUCAAGAGCAGUAAAUCAGUCCUAAAAAUCUAUGUGGUUCUCCCUCUCAGCGAAAGAGUGCAAGCAUUUUCUUAGCUUUCAUGACCUGGGAAAAUCAUCCCAGCUCAUCAGAUUUGAAAGAACUGUCACAGCUCUGGAAUGUAAUUGCUUCAUAAACACAAUGCCGAGGAUUGACUCAGAGAUCUACGAACCCAGAACAACACAAAUUCCCUGUUUGGCUGCAGCUGAACUUUGGGUAUCUUCACCCAUUAGCAGUUGGUCACACAGCACGGCCUUGCUAUAUGUCCCAUUUUCUGCUGCAACACAGUGAUGACAGCCGGAAACCUGCUGCUUGAACCCAUCAUUGAAGCCACCAGAGGCUGAAGCUGAUGAAUCUUGAGGGUGUCAAGGGAAUGUUUGUCACAAAGUGCUUCCCAGAGAAAAAUACAAGGCUAGAAUAUCAAACCUGCAAAGUGGGCAUGGUACAUAUCCUUAAAUAAAUUUGUGUUUAAUCAACUGGACAUACGGCAAACCUGAGGCAGGGUGUUGUACCAGUGACAUGCUGGUUGGUUUCUGGGACUCUUGGCAGAAUAAGUUGGGGAAACAUUUAUGGGACUUUGUGGCAUGGCUGAAACAAGUGAGAACAAACUCACAUCAGUUGACAGCUUCAGAUUGUCCCUUCAGAUACCUCCUAAUGACAUCAAAGACAUCAUGGUCCUGUUUUUUGCAGCCAAUGGAAAGCCUCCUGUCAAGUGUCCUUGAUCACUGGUUGACACUUGACCUUUGACCCCUUCAACAGAGAUUAUACUUAUACCACUGCCUGUCCUGUGAUGUCUGCUGUUUGGGUUUUGGGGAUCUGGAGGCUGUUCUGGAGGUUCUUAGGGGCCAUUCUGACCCUUUGAACCCAAGAUGGCUCUCUGAAAGUGGGCUGGAGGAACAACAGUCGCAGGAUGACUUUGUGGUCCAAGGGACAAACACAAACCACAGGAGGAAAGACUUAAAGACUGAACAGGCAAACUCGCAGUCACCAUGAUGCCUUCACUUCUCAUUUCAUUUGCAGGAACUUAAAAUCCACUGAAAAACAAAAUGUUUUGGGUGUAGCAGCUGUGGUCCUUCUCCGUGGAUGACGGGGAGGCGAUGCGAACAUUUCGUCCUUUAAACUUUCCUUUUUAUCAUUCUU